UGGCCCGCGCCCAGAGGGGGGGGUGCUGGGCACGUCCCAGGAGGUCCCCGCAGACGUGAGCUGCUGGGGUGAAGGGUUCCGGGGCCUUGGAGGGUGGUGAGGGCAGCCCAGGGCUGGAGUGCUCACAGGGGGCCGCGCCUCGGCCUCGGGUCUCCCCCACGCCCCGCGGGCUCCUGGGCUCCUGGGCUCCUGGCGCACCCGUUUGAGUGUGUGAGUUCUGGCUUCAAAGACUCGCCGCCCCCCAAAGGCUCGCCUAGUCAGCAGAAUGGGGCACCGUCCUCCUCAGCCCUGGUUCGGCCCCUCCUUGGGAGCCGUGGCGAGUCGGUGUCUGGUAAUGUUGGGGCGCAGCUGCUUUACCCGGCAGCCUGCACAGACAGCACCCCUAGUGCCAUGGGUUCCCGUCCGUUGAGGGGAGUGGCCCGCCCGGUCCCUCAGCAGGGCGGCCUCGGAGCCCACGCCGUGGCCGGUGCCAGAUAAGUGCGCUCGCACAGCUUGGCCCCUGCCCCUGGGCUGCAGCCCUGUGACCAGGCACAUGGGCUUCCGACUUCCGGGGCUGUGCAGCAGCUCUGUGCACGGGCCCUCGGGUGCCACAGGACCCCCUGUCCCUGCACAGGAGUGGGCCUUUGUCCUCACGUCAGGUGUUCUAGACAUUUGAUGGGGGUGACUUCAUCUCCCCAAAUUUGUCUCCUCUGUGAUGCAAUUCCAGGGCCUCUGAUGGUACCUCGGAGCGACCAAGGCUGUGUCCCCCUUCCUGGUCCCAGCACGGACAGCCAGACCCUGCCUGGCGCGCCUGAGCACACGUGGUCUCCCUGUUACUUCCAGAAAGAAAAGGGCCCAGAGCCCCUGCUGCUCAUGUCCCCCGCUCGCCCUCUGCCGCUACGGCAGAGGGACCCUCAGGAGAGGGUACUGCUGGAUACCCAGCCCCCGGCCCUCUGCCUCCCCAUCCCACAGAGAUUGAGGGUCCCCGCAGGCCAUGCAGCUGUGCCAAGGUAUGGAGCCCCUCCCCAGCAAGAACAGACAGGGCCCUCCCACCUAGCUCGUGCUUGUCCUCGGAGGCCCGACCUCAGGGCUCCGCUUCCGGAAGCUCUGGGGGUUUCCCGUGCCCACUGACACCUGAGAAGACAUUUGGAGUCCAGCCUUUCACCCUGACUCCCCUGGACGUGCUGGCUGGAGGGGAGGCGAGAGGUGUAGACACCUCCUCUGGGGCCACCAGUUUGCCAGGGCCCUGAGCACAGAGUGAUGUCCACAGGCCGGCAGCUGCCCCCUGGAGGCAGGGGCCUCGGCUAGCCUGAGGGUCCCCAGCCCGGGGGCCCUGGGGCAGCAGCUCUUCCUGAGGAGUGUUUACCAUCACCAGCCAGCCUCUGCCCUCUCCAGAAGCCGCAAGGCCACGCAUGUGGUAGGGAGCAUUCUCCAGGCACACGGCGGUUUGCAUUGGCUACGUCCUGUGUGCCCUGCUGAGGACCAUAGGCACAGGAGGGGUGGCAGGUGUCCUUUACCUCUCCCUUGGGCCUCCCCCCACGUGCUGGGCCAGGGCCAGGGGCAGCCCCUGGAGCUGUGGUUGCAGAAAGGCCCUCCGGUGGGGCUGAGAGCUGGCACUAGGGCCCUGGGGUCGGGUCCUUUGCCUGAGGACUGCGGGCUUUCUGGGAGACCUUUCAGUCACUCAUUCACGCUGCAAACAUCCCGAGCACAUCGUGCCAGGCACCCAGGCCCAGAGGAGUACAGCAGCCCUGAGCCUUCCUGGGGGGUGCUGCGUGGGCUCGGAGAGGAAGGGGCUCCUACGGGGAGCUGAUGGGGUCCAGGUCUUGAACCAAGAACCCACUGAAGGGACAAGGGGCCCUUCCGCGUGCCCACACAUGUCCCUGCUGCCCUUCCACCUGAGGGCCUGGGCAGAGAUUCAGGGACACCUCCCCACCCCCACCUCCGCGCUCCAGGCUCAGCUGUCCCAGUCUGGGGUGGCUUGGAGUGAGACUUUUCUCUCCGUGGUCAGGUCAGAGGAGGACCCUCUGUUAGCCAUGGUGAUUUUCAGCCUGAACUUCGUGAGUCCCUCCCCCCCCGGUUUAGGCCACCGCCAGGGACCCCCACAAAGGCCAGGCAGGCUCACUGAUGGCCCGUGGAUGCCACGGCCUGGCUGGGCAUCUGGGCCUAGCAGGCAGGCAGGCAGGCAGGCAGGACUGGGGCCUGUCCAGCAGGUGUGAUGGGCUCUUACUGAUAAACCAUGUGAGUUUUGUCUUUUAAUUUUGAAUGUUGAUGCCUUUAGUGAUGCGUUCUCUCCGUAGGCCUCACAGCUCCCACGGCCCUGGUGUCCUGCCCUGGCUGACCCUCCUGCUGCUGACCUCUGCUGGCCAGCCCCAGGGGGCGCUGCAGCCCAUCCCCAGCCUGGCUCUCAAGCCCUCCUUUCUGACCACCCCCCCAGGGACAGUCACGCGGUCUGUCACUGCCCCGUCCCCUGUGCUCUGGCCUCGCCAACCUUGCUGCCACUGUGGGGCUGCUUCUUGCGGGCAGCGCCCCCUGCCUUCCUGGGGAUCCAGGCCGGUUCCCCUCGUCUGGGUGCAGAGUUCACCGUUGUCCUGCGGUACCUUCCCAGCCCUGCUGGCGACCCGCGGCCCUGGCCCUUGAGACCUUGAGAUGGACGAGCCUCCGUCAAGCCCUGGAAAAGACCCGCUGAGAGAGGGUGCCUCCAGCAUGGCGGCGGCCGAGGUGCCCGGCUACCUCGUGUCCCCGCAGACGGAGAAGCACCGGCGAGCCCGCAACUGGACGGAUGCCGAGAUGCGCGGCCUCAUGCUCGUCUGGGAGGAGUUCUUCGACGAGCUGAAGCAGACCAAGCGCAACGCCAAGGUGUACGAGAAGAUGGCCAGCAAGCUGCUGGAGAUGACGGGGGAGCGCCGGCUGGGCGAGGAGAUCAAGAUCAAGAUCACCAACAUGACCUUCCAGUACAGGAAAUUAAAAUGCAUGACAGAUAGCGAGUCCGUCCCGCCCGACUGGCCCUAUUACCUAGCCAUUGAUAGGAUUCUGGCCAAGGUCCCCGAGUCCUGUGAUGGCAAACUGCCGGACAGCCAGCAGCCGGGGCCCUCCACGUCCCAGACCGAGGCGUCCCUGUCGCCGCCUGCUAAAUCCACCCCUCUGUACUUACCGUAUAACCAGUGCUCCUACGAAGGCCGCUUCCAGGAUGAUCGCUCCGACACCUCCUCCAGCUUACUGUCCCUUAAGUUCAGGUCGGACGCGCGGCCCGGGAAGAAGCGCAAGGUGCAGAACUGCCACCUGCGGAAGAAGAAGCUGCGGCUGCUGGAGGCCAUGCUGGAGGAGCAGCGCCGGCUGAGCCGCGCCGUGGAGGACGCGUGCCAGGAGGUGCGCCGCGUGCUGGACCGCCAGAACCUGCUGCAGGUGCAGGGCCUGCAGCUGCAGGAGCGCAUGAUGAGCCUGCUGGAGAAGAUGAUCGCCAAGUCCGGCGUCUAGGCCGCCCGGCCCGCGGGGAGCGCCCCGGGGCUGCCCCUGGCCCCGGGCGGACGCGGGCCGGCGCCUCCGGGGUCACCCCGGGCCGGCCCCCUGGUGAGAACCUCCCGGAGGCUGUCCUCCCGUACGGUCACUGUCGGUGGCCCUUGAAACGGCUUUGGGUGUUGCACGUGGGGUCUCGUUCCUGCCGGAAGUCAUUUCCACAGCUCGCAGGGAGCACGCCAGGCCGGUCGACUGCAAGACAGAAGCAAACGGAAGCGGCUUAGUGGCGGCUUUGUGCCCGGGACGGAAACUCUCGAAGGGGCCACGGCUGUCCUCGCGCUCUCGGGGUCUGCUGCCCACCUAGGAUGAGCUCCGACGGUGGAGCCGACCCCACACGGCCGCCGCAUCCCUCUCCCUCGGGGCGUCAGGCCUCCCCGUGAGGACGCCGGCGAGGCGAUGACGGCCGUCCGCGUGCACCACGCCGCCCGGUUUUCCGGCCCCAGGGAUGUCGUGCUGACGGGGCAGAGCCCGGGCCUCGGGCACUUGCACUCCGGCCGGGGAGGCAAACGAGUGAAGACGGGAAGGGCGGGAUAGCGGGUUGUGGUCAGCGCUGGACGGGAAGGGCUGGCCCCGAGCGUGAGGAGCGGUGGCGCCCCGACCGCCAGCGGGAGCAACCAGAUUCCAGGAGCCCCGGACAGCGCUACUGGGCCGCAGAGGCACGGGGAGCUUUCGCGUGCCGUGCUGGCUGUGGUGCUCUGGGUCCGGACCCGCCGUGCAGGGACGAGCUCGUGGUGGCGGGGUCCAGAGCUGCAACGUAGAGCUCACCUCCCCUGCCUCUGCCCUUUCACCAGCAGGAAAACCUGUCCAGACGCUUCUCUGCUGAAUUGCUCCUAAGUCUUGCUGGCUCCUUGGGCUUUUGGUCCCUGGCUGCACAGGGUGCUGGGCACAGGACCGUCUGGUUCACCCCUGGGACCAGCCUGUCGCUGCCCGCACAACAGGGCUCUGAGGAGACAUGGCAGGUGGGUUAGGGCAAGUGCCGUGGUUUCCCUCACGGUCUAGAAAAGCUCCUUCCGACUGCUCCUGGGCAGACGGGUGGGGGUGGGGGCCGAAAGCAGAGGUCCUGCC